AUUAUUUAUUCUGUGAUACUACGAUGAAAUGAUAGUGAUUAAUGUAUAUUAUGAAUAGUGAAUACUUAGUGAUUUUGAUGUGACUAUUAUGAGAUUUAUGGAGAAGUGGACCCGGCUUAAUGCUUUCAACUCUUUUGAGUUAACCAAUUUUUUUUAUCAAUAUUGACUAUGCAUAAAUGUGAUAAGUGUAACAACGAUUUUACUCUCAGAAAAAAUUUAAAAAGGCACAUGGAGAAUGUACAUAAAACAAAUUUGGAAUCUAUUCCAAAGAAAAGUAAUAAAACUACUAGAGAAUCCAAACAUAAAUGUCCUAUAUGUAAACUUGCUUUUGUUGAAAGAAGUUCACUUAGACGACAUGAAAGGAUAAAACAUAAAAUAAACAUUACGGCUCCGUUAAGAACCAAAAAAUCAACUAAUUGCAUAACAUUUGAGCCCAGCAACUUGGAAAAUUAUCCAUUACUGAAGAAAUUAAUACCUGAAAAUUAUGUUUACAAAGUUAAUAGCUUACAACAUUAUGAAAAUGGUUCAUUGAAAUCAACAUUUGAAAUCGCUGAUUGUGCGGAGAAUGUAUUUUUUCCAUGGUUAUCAAAAUUAGAACAGAAAUCUAAGGUUACAUACAGAGUUAAAUCAUUCACUAAAUCACCGAGCUCAAAAAUUAUAUUUAAUAAAGUUUAUAGAUGCAUUCAUAAUACAUUUCCCAAUAGGUAUCGAAACCCUCAUCCGAAGCACACAGGAUGUCUUGCCACAUUAACUGUAAGAAUAAAAAAAUGUAGUGAAGCUUUAUCUGUUAAAAAUACAAUGGCUGAUAAUAAUGUGAUAUUAAUUCCUCUUAAAGCAAUUGUGACACUCAAUCAUUGUCAUAAUCAUAUACUAACAAAAGAUGAGAAACUAAGAAAUACUCCUAUAAAGAUUCGCACAACAGACAAGAAAUUGCGUACUAUACAUUUUAUCAAAUUUAACAGUCUACAGCAAAAUACAACAUCUUGUUAUUCACAAGUAUCUACCAAAAAUAAUAAAAUUAAUAAUAGUACAACAGAACUGGUUAAAAAGCUAUCUGUAUUAGACAAAUCUGAAAAAAAGCUUGUAAUAGAUGAUAAUGAAAGAAUAGAGCCUAUUGAAAUUGAUAGUUUUGAAUCUACUGAAGAAUAUGAUAAAUAUAUUUUAGUUGAAAAUGUAUAUACACAAAAUGUGUUACAUGAUAAUAAUGAGAGUGAACUAAACCAAUUAAUGUCUGAUUAUGAUACAAUUAAUACAAGAAUUUUGCAAAAAUUUGCAUCAAACCCUAAUUAUUUCAAGUCGGCAAUAAAACAUUACACAUUAGCAAUGAAAAAUAGUUUGACUUCUAAAGAGUCUUUAUUAAAUACAUUGCAUUUAUUUGGCGAACAGUUGAAAGAAAAACAAAAUUAAUAUUCAAUUUUUUUGAAAAA